AUGACAGGUUUCAAAGUUUGUUUUGUUUUAGUUUUAGUGUCUUCAACUUGGGCUUCUCCAAUAGCUAGCAAAGAAAAAGCUUCGGAUUUUGAAGAUGACCCUAUUGGAUACGUUCAGGAUUCUAUAGCUGACUUUUUUGACAAUAUCUUUAGUCAGGAUAAUGUGCAAGUUGGUGAAGACGUCGAAAUUAGUCCAAAUGGUGCUGAAGUGGAUGAACUUGAAAGUAGAAAUUUAGGUUAUGAAGGAAAAUUGGAAAAGUACAUAAAAACACAUGAUGUUACCUUUAAACUACCACUUCUUGGUACUGUAACGCUCAACACAAAAAAUUUGGAUAAUGAAGAAAUGGGAUUGAGUAUUAAAUAUGGCACAAAUGCAGUAGAAGAAGGUAGAAAAUCGAAAGUGAAGAAGAUUCUCACCCCAAUUUUGACAAUUUUUCUUCUAAAAGGAAUGACUUUGAUACCUUUUAUUCUUGGAACAAUGGUCUAUAAAGCAUGGAAUGCAUUGACACUUUCAAUUAUUUCUUUCGUGGUCUCCUCAGCUUUGGCCAUUUUCCAGUUAUGUAGAAAAAUUGCUGAGAAUAAUGCUCAAGCUCAUCUUGCUGCACAUGCAGCUUGGGAUGAGCAUGCAUUGAAACACGCAAGAAACUUCGAAGCAAAUUCAGAAGCUCAAGAAUUAGCUUAUUCGGCAUAUAAGCAGUAG